AUGGACAUCUUCCCCGCCCCUAGUAUUUUCCGCGCCUUCCGUAAGCCUGCCCAUGGCCCUGUGACUGCCGUCUCGGUCGGUGGCGGCAGCGCGUCGUCGCCGUCGCCGGCUGCUGCCGCUGCGGCAGCUGCCAAGGCCGGCCUCCCGCUCCGCCCGCUGCUGGGCGAAGCAGGCAGCGGCGGGUGCAAGGAUGGGACGGCUGGCGAGGCUCUGCUCCGACCGGGCUGCCCUGAGACUGCCCCACCGCAGGCACUGGCGCUUGCCGUGGGCCGGCCCGGCUGCCGCCUCGGCUCGCCGCCGCCGCCGUCGCGACCGUCGUCGGUUUUUUCGCCCAGCGCUUCGCCGCGGGCGACCUCUCCCGGUGCAUCGGCGGCACCGCGUCCGGCACGGACUAUCUCGCGGGUUCCUUCGGCGUCGCUGCGAGACGCCCGCGGCAUGUCUGGUCCUCUGGGCACGCUUUCUGUCGCCACAUCUGCAGCGCCGAUGCCGGCGGCUGCUGGCGGCGUGUCGGCCGCACCGACGCCGUCGGCUGGCGGGAUGCCGCUGCUGGCCUCGCUGCCGGCGAUGCCGCUGGCGACCACGUCGCUGGCAACCACGCCGCGCCCGUCGACGCCGGCUCCGAUGGCGGUCGCCGCCUUGGCUGCCGCUGAGCCUGCUGCCUCUGCUGCUGUCUCACUGAUGGACCGGCUCGAGGCGCAGCGCGUCCGCAUCGAAGCCGAGAACGCCGAGCUCAACUCGGAGGUGGAGGAUCUGACUCGACUGCUCGAGCUUCAGGAGGCUGCACGCGACUCGCAGGAGACGCGACUGUCGCAGCUCUCGUCAGCGUCGCGGGCGCGGUCGGAGCUGCGCAGUGACGGCGUGACUGCGCCGCCGCCGGUCGAGAUGGGCUCGCGCAAGCGGCGCCGGGCGCUUUUGAGUGCCAGAACGAACACCCCACUGACCGCCAUGGCGCUCGCCGCCAAGCUCCGUGCCGCCUCGGACGCUCUCUGGGUCGACGUCUUCAAUGGCACGACCAAGCCGUUUGCCGAGCGCGGCUCGGUCUGCGUCUUUAUCGACUCGCCGCCGCACAAGCGCCACAAGCCGCUGCCGUCACCACUCCGAUGAGCCGCGUGCACACGAUCACGCGUCGUGGCAUGUGUGGACUUUGCAGCGGUGAGGCGGUUGUUGGCGCUGCGGUAUGUAGCGCCCCCUCCUCGCCGCCGGCCUCUCCGGUAUGGUGGCGAUGUUCAAGUGAAC